GAAACUGAAGGAGACUGACAUGGCCGAGAGGAUGAUGGAAGAUGUUUCCGAGCCAUCUCGAGAGGCGAAACUGGUCACCGCCAUUGUGAUAGGUGCGGGCAAUAGAGGCCAGACUUAUGCUGGUUAUGCUCUGGAAUUUCCUGAUAAACUGAAGAUUGUAGGUGUAGCAGAUCCCAGGAAGUUUAUACGGACUCACAUGCAGAAGAUCUUUGAUAUUCCUACAGAUAAUGUCUUUGAAGAUUGGAGAGAACUAGUGGAGCAGAAUAAGUUUGCUAACGCUGCCAUCAUUGCCACCCCAGACAGACAUCACAUAGAACCAGCUUUGGCGUGUGCCGCUAAAGGAUACCAUAUUCUCUUGGAGAAACCGAUGGCAAUCACAGAAGAAGAUUGUAGGAAGAUUGUGAAGUCUUGUAAAGAAAACAAUGUCAUGCUGGCGGUCUGUCACGUCCUGAGACACUUCCCUCCCAUGAAGAAGAUCAAGGAACUCAUUAUGUCUGGUGUCAUAGGCGAUGUGGUAAACAUACAGCAUCUAGAACCAGUGGGCUUCUACCAUUUUGCACAUUCCUUUGUCAGAGGAAAUUGGCACAAAGAAUCAGAGUCAACCUUUUCUCUCCUCGCCAAAUGCUGCCAUGAUAUGGACCUCAUACAUUGGUGGAUGGGGCCAAAUAGGUGUCAAAGUGUGUCUUCAUUUGGGUCAUUACAACAUUUUAGGAGAGAGAAUAAGCCUGAAGGUGCAGGUUCUAGGUGUGUAGAAUGUGCUGUAGAACAACAAUGUCCGUACUCGGCUCAGAAACUCUACCUAAAGAACGUCUUAAUGGGCAAUAUAGGCUGGCCUGUAUCAAUCAUUACCGAUGUACCUACACCAGAGUCAGUGAAGGAAGCACUAGAAAAAGGGCCUUAUGGAAAAUGCGUGUACGAAGGAGAAAAUGAUGUGUGUGAUAACCAGGUAGUUAAUAUGCUGUUUGAUGGAGGAAGAACAGCUACACUAACGAUGGUUGCUUUCAGUGAGAAACUAUGUGAAAGACAGGUCAGAAUAUUCGGCACUAAGGGAGAGAUUACCUAUUCUGGUGGCACGUCAAUCCACUUAUUUGAUUUCCUGACCCGUCUGACGAAGGAGAUCUACCCGUGGUCCAUCACGCCGGUGAGAACGAGACUUACAGGCCACGGUUGCGCCGACUUCUUCCUCAUGCAGAACUUUGUGGAAGCAGUCGCAAUCGACGAUCCAUCUCUUAUCACAACUGGUCCUGAAGACACGCUUGAGAGCCACCUUCUAACAUUCGCAGCUGAGAGGGCCCGCCGUCAGAACCGUGUAGUAUCCAUUGAACCACUCAUGGAAUGGUGAUGUCAGCUGAACCCCGUCCUGCUUUCACCCUUCCAAUUUCACCUUUGUCCUUUGAUAGCCACCAUCUCAUAUUGGCAGCUGAGGGGGCCCAUCAUCAGAACAGUGUACUGAACUACUCAUGGUAUGGGGAUGUCAGCUGAACCUGUCCUAUUACCCUUCAUCUUUCACUUUUGAGAGCCCCCAUCUAACAUUCAUACCCCAAGGGGUCAUUGCCAGAACCGGGUAGUAACCACUGAACCACUCUGAAUCGUGAUGUUAGCUGAACCUGUCUACUGUCACCCUUCAACUUUCACCAUUGACCUUUGAAAGCAAACAUUUGCAGCUGAGAGGGCCCACUGUCAUGGAAUUGUGAUGUUAUCUGAACCCAUUUUGCUGUCGCCUUGAACCCUUCACAUUUUCAUCCCAGACCUUUGAGGACUACUCAAAAUUUGAUUGUGAAAUCCAGUCUGUCUGUUACAUGGUUACCAAGAUCGAAUUACCAAGGCUCAGCUACACAAGGUUUAGCAAUCAAUGACUAAUUGGCAAUGACCAAUCUGGAUAAUUUUGGCAUGCCCAUUUUGUUCAAAACACUUUCCAGGAACCAAUCAGGAUGGCUCUUUUAUAUUUGCAAUCCAUCACAAAUCUAUGAGUUACUUACUGUCUCCCAAAUACGCAAAUUUAUAUCAGAGGGUUGAGAUUGAUUAUAAUCAAUCCCAAAUCUUUGUAAGACAUGGCCCAGUCUAAUCCUUGUACUAUUUUUCUAAGAAGUGUGUAUUUCCUAUCUAUGGAUGAAUAUGAUUAUUUCAAAUAUUGAUGCAUUCAUUUGCUAAUGAUUGCUUAUCUGAAAUGUUUUCACUCUUUGCUUGUUCAUUCUUCAGCAAGCAGGCCAUGCUCAUCAGGGUAGUGUUUCAUGAGAAGUUUGUCAGUGAUUUUCUCUCACUAAUUUGUUCUCAGUCGGUCAGAUGCAAGGAAUUCAGCUGAGUUCUCGUGGUUACCACUCUCGUCUUUCAAUCAGAGGAUGUCAGCUUGAUUCCUAACCAUGGCUUGUUUUCUUUCAGCAAGAAAUUUACCCACAUUUUGCUGUACUCAACCCAGGUGAAGUGAAUGGAUGGGUACCUGGCAGGAUUAAUUCCUUGCAUGCACUGAGCACUGAAAGGCAGCUCAAGCUAAAGCUGAAGUAAUAAUAACAAUGUGCCCCGGAAUAGAUUAUUUCUAGAUAGAUUGUGCUAUAUAAAGGCCUAUUAUUAAUUUCAUUAGCUUAUUGCAAUAGUCAGUGAAAAUCUUUGCCUGCAUUUUCAUUAAAUGCACCCCACCUCCCUGUUGGCUCACGUGUUUAUGUGUUUAGUAAAAAUUUUGAUUUGUCGAAAACCUCAAGCCAAAUGUUGAAAAAGAUCAUAUUUGAUUGAUAUGAAUGUAAAAUAUAUAUGCACACAUACUUGCUAUCUUGAAAAUAUAAGGAACUUUGGAAGUAAAGUCAUAUUCAUUUUGUGAAGAUUAACUCCUGGAAGUUUAUCUUUCUCCAGCAACACUUUGUUCAGUGAAAUUAAAAAUCAAGUUGUCAAUUCAUUUUCAUUUAUCUUAUUUUAUAAUCAUUCUCAUUUUUGCAUUUAGCUCAUCAUUUUCAUAACAUUGUAUCAUUUCCACUGCAUACUUUUAUCAUUAUCAUCAUGUAGACUCACUUCAACAAUAUAAUUCUUCAUGACAUUUCAACAUUUUUUAAUCGAUUGUGAAGGGCAUAUUAAACAUUUGAUUAAGUAUUUAAAAUGCAACUCCAUCCUUUCAUGUACAAUGUAUGCAUACAAUUGUUGAUUUCAGCUGCUGCUCAAAGCAGCUUUUAUUUGUUAUAAUUGAACAGUGAACGUAUGAUGUCUGAAUAGGUUAUCCUAUGUACAAGGCAGCAAUGAACAUGUAUGUUUGUGGAUCAAAGUAUUUUUUUUAAUCAGUACUAUUAUUCGUUGAUGUUUGAAUAAUCAUAUUGUCUAAAAUCAAAGUCCUGCUUCAUGAUAUUAGAUCUCCGUCAAAAUGGUUUUGGUGAUAAUUGCAAUAGCAUUAUAGUCAAACCAGCCUCAGUGAAAUCAUCCUGAAUAAUCAAAUAUACCCGAUUCACGUUCUAGAUUCACGUGUGAACUUCAAACUUAAUGAAAAUGGUCAUGGGCUGAAUAUCACAAGAUUUUAAGACUUGCAUUGGGUGUUGAUGCUAGGGAAGACAAUUUGAAUUGUACUUAUAACACCUACAACAACACUAACACUACACUUGCAAUUACUCCCUGUGCACACUUUGUGUAAGCAAUGCAGUGUAGAGGUUCUGACUCUUGCCUUUUAAUCAGAGGGUCAUGAGUUCAGAGGUGUCUUUCAUGAAAGAAGUAGUCAGUGUCAUUCACUAUUUGUUAUGUGCUGUUUAAAGCUUCUGUAAUCCAUGCAUAUGAUUGGCUCAGAUAAAAUGUCUCAAUGAAUACAACUAACAAGAUUGUCUCGUGAAAUGCUCCCCCAAACUAACGUCCCACUGAUAAAAGGGGCAAGAGUCAGAACUCUCUACAUCACUAAUUGUCUACUAAAACACGCCUCUUUUCUAGUGAUGUUACUUCAGCAAGAAGUCAAUACAUUUCCUGCUCUUCACCCAUUAGUUAUUCUCGUGAUAAUUCAAGGUGGUAUUGCCUUACACCAUACACCCACUUUUAUGAAUAUCAAUAGUAUGAUAGAACAGAUUCCUGUUUUAAAAGUAUUUUUAUCUCUGUUUGUGAACUUUUAUUACUGAGUUUGGACCCUACAUACAUGUAGUUAUUUCGAAAUGCUUUAUGUUUCAAAUUAUUUGUUGACCAAAGAUGGCAUAUUGCAUACAGUUUUGUACUGUGACUUACUCGUUUGGAAGAAUAUACAUUGUUCAUUUUAUUUUGAUAAUUUUACUGAAAUGUAUCAGCACAGUAUAUCAUAAAUUAAAUAUGACAUUUUUAUACUAUCA